CUCUCCUAACAAUCAGCAACCUCUAAACCAAGCAACAGCUGAAGAUCAACACUCUGUUUGCUCGAUCUGUUGUUCACAACGGAUACUGACCAAACUGACAUAACUAAAUAAAACAAGUACCAAAACACAACUAUCCAAACGCUGCAGUUUCACUAAACUUCAGUCUUCAUAAAGAGCCGCUCCAAUCCUUCUCCGCAAGGGAUUCAGAUUACUUCUUCUUCUAGCUUCCAAACCAGGUCCAACAUCGUCGUCUCUCAGAACUGCUUCUGGGAUUUGGAGAUGAGUCCUCGGACUCCUUUGAAGAGGCUCUGCAGCAAGCGGUUGGACGCAGUGAUGGCGGAGAUGGACGAGCAGCAGCCAGAGGAGAAGUCUGUUCUUGAGAGCUUGUCGCAGGACAUUCUGGUGCUAAUUCAGUUCAUUUUGUUAUCUGAAUCUCUUUUUUCUCCUCCUCAACAGACUCUGAUAGCGAAGGAAUCACAUUCUGCCUACAGCACGCAGAGGAAGUUCUGUGCGUUCCGUUCCCCGACAAUCUAUUACGACAGCGAGAUUAACGAUCGAGAUUGAAUGUAACAUCUCGUUCCGACAAAACUCAUAUUUCGAUCGCUAGAAAGUUCGCGAUUUAAAAUCGAGCAUUUCAACAGUAUUUCGGCGAAAAUCGGAUUAUCGAUCGAUCGGAUAAGUAUACGUAUUAAUUAUAUAAUAUAUAUAUAUAUAUAUAUAUAUAUAUAUAUAUAUAUAUAUAUACUAGUAAAUGGUCGAUAGAAGCAGAGCCAUUUCUUCUUCUUCUUUCAUCUCGGUGGAGAGAAAGCCGAGAGCAGAGCACGCGCAGAGCGCUCGGCCAAAAUUCCAAAGCUCAAAUUCUUGAGCCCUAGUGAUCCAAAAAUCCCGUAAGUAAUGCCUAAUUCAUCUAUUCAUCGUGUUUUAUCGAUUUAGAGCUUUAAAACGAGUUUUUGGUUCAGGAAUUUCUUGAAUUCCCGAUCUGCCAAAUUAGGGUUUCGGAGUAUCCGGAAGCCGGAUUGAGCCCAAAUUUCAUAUACGAGCUUCCUGCAGCGAGGUAAUCAAUCCUCUAGUUCUAAUCCCUGAAUUUUAGCUAUUAUUUAGGUCGGAGCCGGAACCGCUGAAUUUAGCUCCGGCCAGGGUUUGAUGUGUUUUUAUCGAGAAUUUGACCCGGAGCCCAGAACUAAUAUUGACGGGGAUACUGCAGGGGAUAUUAGGACUGUCUCGGAUUUUAAUUCGGGGUUCGUUCGUGAAAUUGAUGUUUUAGUACCGGAGGCUAGAACCGGUGUUUGAACGACCAGAACUGGUGAGGGAUUAGCACGGCAUACCGGGUUUGUCGUAUCACGAUAAUUAUAUUGAUGCUUAGAAUUGAUCUAGGUGAAUUAGAAUGACAUGAUUAGGGGUGUAUGAGCUUUUAUGCUAUAUGAUGAACCAUGGAUUGUUGUAUGAUAUUAUUGACUUGCCCUAGCCGAUAUGAACCUUGUUUAUGUUGAUGAUUGCAUACAUGUUGCCAUUUGUGGCUUAAUUGUUGAUAUGACUUCAUGGUUGUUCGAUAAGGGGUUUUGACAUGGUGUGAUAUUAUGGUUGUAUUUGGAUCCAUAAGUGGGGGAAUAAACUUCCCAGGGUGAUAUUAUGAUGUUUAAGGAGGAUGACUUGCACGAGGGUUUAUCCCGAGGAAGUGCAAUUAUACGACUCCUGGUUUACCUAUGUUGAGCCAAUUAUGGGCAGGUCAAGUACAUGUGCAAGUAACGAAUUAUGAUUAAGCAAGAUGAUAUAUGAAUCAUGUAUAAGGAUACCAAAUAUGAGUGUUGUGGUCUCACGGUCAACUACAUAGUAAUUAGGGCUCCCUAUGCUAUUACUCUAUUAUGAUAUGUAUGAUAGUCACACCUCUCAUGUGGUGGUGACUGAAGAAUUCUUACGAGAUAUGACCACACCCAGAGCGGUGUUGGGGUAUGACUACACCCAUAGUGGUGUGGGGUAUGUAUGACCACAUCCGACGGGAUGUUGGGGUAUGUAUGACUACAUCCGACGGGAUGUGGGGUAUGUUUCCCGGGAGAGUUAUUAGCAUGGGAGUAGCCAGGCGCCUAUGAUUAAAACAUGAUAAGAUGC